GCACGCCACAAUUACAAUUGCUCCCUUCCUUAAGUUUAAGCUCGUGGAAAGCACAAGCACACUGAUCAUCCCCCUUUUUCUUUUAUGGGUUCAGUUCAUCUUCCCAUAAGCAGACAACAACAAACACCUAUACAAUUUUAUGUAUUUUCUCACUUAUUUCGCUAAAUCCUGCUGUAAUCAAAUACCCAAAUAUCAUAAACCCUAAUUUGGUUUAGUUUGAAGCAGAAUAAUUAGGAAUUUGUCACUACUAAAUUAUGGAUCAAACUCUUGAUCGAUCCCAAAGCUCACAGCUUGAUUCCAGACAAAGGCCAGAAGCAGAAGUGAAUGACCCCGUCGCUGUACGAAAGGUUCAGAAGGCAGAUCGGGAAAAAUUGAGGAGGGAUCGGUUAAAUGACCACUUUCAAGAGCUUGGAAGUGCUAUAGAUCCAGAUCGGCCUAAGAAUGAUAAGGCAACAAUCCUGACAGAUACGAUCCAAAUAUUAAGAGAUUUGACUGCUGAGGUCAACAAACUGAAAGCUGAAUCCAAUACACUCUCAGAGGAAUCACAUGAGCUGACCCAGGAGAAAAAUGAGCUCAGAGAAGAGAAGUCAUCCCUAAAAUCAGACAUUGAGAAUCUCAAUGCUCAGUAUCAACAGAGACUCAGGGUUGUUUACCCUUGGGGUGCAUCUGUUGAACCUUCCGUUGUUAUGGGCCCACCUUACUCAUAUCCGCUUCCAAUGCCUUACCCUUUCUUUGGAAGCCAAAAUGCUAGUACAAUUCCUAGCUCUCAUCCAGCUUUUAUGCCAUACCCGACAACCCCAAAUCCAAAUGUUGAACAACAACCCAUUCAGCCUGCAACCACUUAUGUAAUGAGCAAACCAGAUUCUCGAAGCAAAGGUUUAGACAGCGGAAAAAAAGCCAGACAUCUUGAGAGAACCGACGAUUCCAGUGAUGUAGCAACAGAGCUGGAACUGAAGACACCCGGUUGUGGGCGACAGCAGAAUUCAUUGUGCAAGCAAUCAAAAAAGAAGGAAAAAAGUGCUGCAGAUGGAGAUUCUUCAAGCAAAGUUUCCUCCUGUCAAGGACCUCAAGAGAGUUCUUCCAAUAGUGUAAGUCACAUUCCAAAAAUAUGACAAGUGAAGCAGUUGCAGAUAUCCCUUUCUCUUUAUUAGCUACGCAACAUUCAAUUAUGUAUAAACAAGCUAGGGAUAGAACAACAGGCAAGUAAACAUGUACUUCCUGUUGCACGUACAUGUGUUAUCAUAGUUAGGUCCUGAAACUCCUGACUUAGAUCAAUCUGGUGCUGUGUCAAGGCUUGUUUGACAGAAAUGAUGGCUCACCAUUACUUCGUCUGUAAAUGUGAAAUAGGGCCCUUAACCAGCAUCUUGUUAAUGUAAAUUUCAAAUUUAAUACAUACGUAGUUUUCAUGAUUCA